CGUUGAGGCUGGAAAGGGAGUUGCGCUGAGGCGCGAAGGUUGUAGCUGCCACAAGCGCGAGGGGAGGAGUGGGAGGGGGAGCCGCCCCCCCCCCCCAUGGCGAGCGGGGAGGGAAGAGAGCAGACAGCCAUGCACUCCCGCGAGCCCCCCCAUGAGCUCCCACAGAUUCUCCGCCUGUGUCCUCCUUAGCUGCCCCAAAGUAUCCGGUGCUGACCUUCGUGUAGUGUGUGGCUUGACACAAUGAAAGUGAAAAUCAAGAGCUGGCAUGGAGUUGCCUCCUGGCUCUGGGUUGCCAAUGAUGAGAAUUGUGGCAUUUGCAGGAUGGCUUUCAAUGGCUGCUGCCCAGACUGCAAGGUGCCUGGAGAUGACUGUCCUCUGGUGUGGGGUCAGUGUUCACACUGCUUCCACAUGCAUUGCAUUCUCAAGUGGCUUAACUCACAGCAAGUCCAGCAGCACUGUCCAAUGUGCCGACAGGAGUGGAAGUUCAAAGAGUGAUCAUGGCCACAUUUCUUCUCUUCUUUACCACCACCCCGUUUCAUGGACUGCUCAUGCAGCCUGAAUCCCAACCACCACCACCCGCUUGGACAGUUUGCUUAUUUAUACAAUAUUGUAUACGUCUUCAGCCUUCCAAGAGUUAGCCUGAAGCAAACAGGAGCCUGCUGCUGCAUAUUAACUCUCUUUAUCCUGUGUUGUCAGUGCUUUUAUGUUGUGUUCGGUACUCUGUGCCCGUUUGCUGUACUUAUACCAGCUGUGAUCUCCAGGUCUGUGCAGUGUUGGUGGAAAGGCUAGAAUCUUGAAGAGGUACAUGCCAUAAUGAACUCUAAAACCUUACAUCACCCAGGCCCUGUUAGCAACGCUUGAAACAUCCUCUUUAUGUUUUGCCUGAAACGCCUUAGGGCUUGAUUCCUGGGAGUUUUGUCUCUUAGCUGUUGAGUUUGAGCCAUUUAAACUUCCUGUCAAGUGUGUUGGAGACGGAGGCUUCAUGCAGCUAGACCACCUUCUGCCUGCCUGCCUGUUUUAUGAGCUCAAUUGUUGUGUCCAUAUGAACAAGUGUUCUUGGUGUCCUAUCGCUGUAUGUACCUCAGCCCUCAUAGAACCUCUCGGCCACAAUCCUGAGCCCUCUUGGUCCUUCAGUGAUCCUGUUGAUUCCAGUGGAGGUUUGGCAUGGAAUGGCUCGGGACUGCAGCCUGUGUGUGGCAGUGGUGUUUUUGAAAUGUAGGGGGGUGGAGGCGGGGGGGAUGAGCGCAGGCUUGUGCUUGUGUUUUGCUGCACACUUGGCCUGCAGCACAAUAAUAUGUUUGUUUCCCAAAGGCUGUAAUGCCAGCUCUUUCUUGCUGCCAAAUGCUUGCCUACAGUGUAAAUGAGCUACCUCUUGCACAUGGGAUGGUUCCAAUAAAUAGUUAUGUGACUCA